AUGAGUAGCACCUCAACGGCAGCAGCAGCUGUGGUUGUUCAGCCACCAGUAGAUGUGCAAAUCUUGAAGAGACAGCUGAAAGGAGCUGUUGGUUCAUUUGUCGAGGACAAACUACCAACAAUAUUAACCAAUCGAUACAAUACCACCAGCUUGCAAAAUCAAUUAGACGAUUUACUAAUUCAGUAUUGCCCCAGCAUUUACACAAAUCAACAACGAGCUGUCUCCCACCAAUGUCUACUAGAUAACCGAGAAUUGUUUUUGCAGGACAUCUAUUCGUACACAACAUACGAACUACAAUCCACUUUAUUGAAAGUAAAUGAAUUUGACUUGCCGAGAUUGUUUGAGAAAACAAGGGCACAAAUCUCGGGAAUCUUGAUCCACUUUAAUCAACACACAUUGGAUAAAAAUCAUCAUCGACUCGAGCUCAAGAUCAAAGCAUCCAAGGCGCCGGCAGUGGCUAUCGAUGACACAUCACUCUCUUUACCGCCUAGCUAUUAUGAUAACAACAAGUUCCGUAACUGGAUUACGCCGGAAAUGAUUCUAGACUUCAUCACAACAGUGACACAUUCAGACAACGAGGAAGAACAUACCAUUCAACAUUUUAUAGAUUUAUCCAUGUAG